CCAAUACUGAAAAUCUAUAAUGUACGUUACGUAAACUAUAGAUUUUCAGUACUGGCAGUAAUAUCGAAAAUCGGAACACGACCAUAGAUAAGGAGUUUGUCAAAAGAGGUUAGAAAUAUUACCGGCGGUAGCGUGGUGUGUAUUAUACACGUUCAGGUCUGUAGUCACUGUCAUAGGAAUUUACGCAUUUGUGCUAUCUAAGCAAAGUGCCAAUGCCAGAAGAUAUGAGAUUAUGAAAGCUAGACAACGUUUGCGUGACACCAAUGUUGUAGAUUAAUUUAUGAUUAAGAAAUAAAGAAUUUAAGGAAGACUACUGAAAUAUAAAAGUAAAAAAAUGGCAGCGUUACCACAACUGGAUGAAGAUAAACUUAAGUUGGUACAAGAAUUGGAAAUAGAAAUGAUGUCAGAUAUGUAUAACCGUAUGACAUCUGCAUGUCACAGAAAAUGUAUAGCACCAAAAUAUACUGAGGCUGAAUUAGGUAAAGGCGAAUCGAUAUGUCUGGAUCGUUGUAUUGCUAAAUAUUUAGAUGUACAUGAACGUAUUGGUAAAAAACUUACACAAAUUUCAAUGCAAGAAGCAAAAAUUGUUGCAGAGCAAGUAAAAAAUUAAAUUAUUAUUGUAUUUAAUGAGAUUUUGAUGUAAUCUCUUAUAAGUUGCUUUUAGUUCUCCUUCAAUUACUCUACAGUUUUAAAAGUUCCAUGUAAAUUAGAAUAGAUAAAAUAAAAUGCAGUAAUUCUGUAUUUAAUUCAGUUUAUGAAUAAAACUGAACUUUAAGAACUGAAA